AUGGCUUCCAUCGCCCAGCAACAGCAACACAUCUCCGGCGAAUUCCCGGGCGACAACGAAACGUCUCCGGAGACUGACCCCUCCUCGCUCCCGCAGGCCGUCAAAGCGCGAAAGGCCGAAUACACCCACCAGCAGUCGAUCCGAAUCAAGGUCGGCACAUGGAACGUGGCUGCCAUCCCGGGCACCGAGAACGACAUCGGGAACUGGUUCGUGCAACAGAAGGGGGUAUGCGAACAACUGUCUGGGUUGCGGGUGAAGGACUCGCAGGGAGGAAACAAGACGGACGACUCUUCGGCUGGACAGACAGAGUCACUGUCCGAGACUACGCCGGACCAGAUUGACCUCUACGUCCUGGGCUUGCAGGAGGUUGUGGAUGUCUCGUCGCCCGCGGAGGCCCUGAGACCGUAUGUCGAUCCAGCGCCGGCGAAUAGAUGGAAGGCGGCGCUUGAGAAGGCCUUGCCACCGGGAUAUAAGCUUAUUGCCGAGACACAGCUGGUGGGAUUGCUGCAGCUGGUUUAUGCUUCCCCCUCCCUGGCCAACCAGGUAUCGUCCGUGAGCUGCACUAGUGUGGGUACGGGGCUUCUAGGAUAUAUGGGUAACAAAGGCGCCGUCGCGACUCGCUUGGUCCUUGGCGAAACCACAUGCGUUGUCUUUGUGAACUGUCACCUGGCUGCCGGGUCCGAUAAGAACAGUCUAGAGCGGCGCAAUUGGGACGCUUCCCAGAUCGUUACACGGACUCGCUUUGAACCCAUUGACCCGAUCGCUACACUUCGUGAAGACCCUGCCGAGAGUAUCGGGCAAGAGGACUUUGCUUUCUGGUUCGGAGAUCUCAAUUACCGACUGGAAGACAUUCCCGGGGAUGAUGUGCGCAGCUCUAGUUCCCCUGUUUCGGACGACGACAUCGAUCCCCAUACAGAUCCCGCCUCCUUACAGACCACGAUAUCGUCUCUAUUGCCUCAUGACCAGCUUACGAUGCAGCAGAGCAGGCGUAAGGCGUUCCAUGACGGCUGGCGAGAGGGUCCUGUCACCUUCCUGCCUACUUACAAGUAUGAUGUAGGCAGCGUGGGUAGGUUUGAUUCGAGUGAGAAAAAUCGCGGUCCCAGCUGGUGCGAUCGGAUUUUUGAAGACGACUCUCUCAUGUCUGCCGCCGAAGCCGAUGAGUCUCUUCAGUUAGACUACUACUUGUCUCAUCAAGGGAUACUCUCCUCGGACCAUAAGCCUCUCGCGGCUGGGUUUACCUUGACAUUCGAGUCCGUGGAUCCGCAAAUAAAGGCCAAGAUCCAUCAGGAAGUGGUUCGAAAACUGGACAAGGUGGAAAACGAGUCUCGACCUGGACUUACCGUGGUGGUCGAUCAUCAUGGUGAUCAGCCCACCAGCGAAGAUCCCAACGCCGUGAAUUUUGGAGACGUGCCGUUCGAUGUUCCCGUCACUCGGACCUUGACCGUCGCCAAUACCAGCGGUGUAUCCGCCACCUUCUCUCUGGAGAAGCCGGAACAGAAUGAAACCCACAAGUCGGCUCCUUGGUUGGAGUACCGGGUGCACCACCCCGAACAAGAAGACUCGAAAAAGAAGCUGCCGUCGAACGAAUGCACUCUCCUCCCCGGUGAGAUUGCCAAUAUUGAGGUUACGGCGUUUGUUCGAGACGUAGAGCUGGCUCGAUUAUUGAAUCAGGACCAAUUUAGCCUGGAAGAAGUCCUCGUCCUCCGAGUGACGAACGGGCGGGACCAUUUCAUUUCUGCGUACGGCAAAUGGCUGCCUACCUGCUUUGGCCGCUCGCUCGAAGAGCUCACAAUGAUGCCCGAGGCGGGAGCGCGGAGUCUCAACAACUCCGAACAACGACGGAGUUCGGCCGUGCCUCUAUCGGCACCUCGCGAGCUAUUCAGACUGACUGAGGCUAUUUCGGAAAUGACUGAACGGGCCGUUGCUGAAUGGAGUAUGACAAGAGGCCACUCAGAGGAUGACAUGCCUCCGUGGACCAAGGAGCCAUAUGGCUAUGGCUGGCCUUUUGAGCCUGAGACAUGGACCUUACGUGACAAGGACGAGCGUCUCUCACUUUUGGCCGCCGCUCGCGAGGCUUUGGACACCAAUAAAGAUUUCAGCAUCGUCUUCGCGCCCGAAGUAUCUUGUCUCCACCGGCUCGAGAUUCUCAGCGAAACGCUACUUGUCUUCCUUCGGUCAUUGAAAGACGGCGUCGUCACCAACACUGUGUGGCAAAAUCUAGACCAACAGAUCCUUGCUCGCGAGAAGACCCGCGCACCGCCUUUAUCGUGGGAAGAAGCCCAAGCGUGGGUGCUGGAAAGCCUCGCCUAUUCCCCCGCCCACAGCGUCUCCUUCACUUUUGUAACUUUCAUGCUAGCCCGUAUCGCCAACGAAGUCGCCCCGGCAUCAUCCAUCCCCACCCACGGCCCUCUGAAGAUCUUAACCCCUCCGCGCGAGAAUAGAAACCCAACAACACUAGAGAAUUCGUCAAAAGACUUAGCAACCCCCCAAGAGCAGCAACAACAAGAGCAAGAGCAACCGCCACCCCCAUCAUCAUUUAUAUCCGCCAACGCCUUCCGGCGCCGAACCCGCACAUUCAACUCUUCCGUCUCCGAGCCCCCUUCUGUCAUCUCCCAGAUGGCCAUGCGCCGCCAAGCGGUUGAAACUGCCCUGGCGACGAUUUUCGCCUCGGUACUGGUCACCACGGAAGGACCCGUGCCCGCGAAGGAAAAAGACCGACGAGCGCUGGAGGAGCGCAAGCGGGGCGUUAUUGAGCCAUUCUUGAAGACAAUUGGGGUGGAUAGUAAGGGACCUUCGGGGGGCGUUCCCUAA